AUGGUACAGGAGGUGGCGUUUAGGGCUUAUAGCCCUAUUAACCUGUCCAGGUCGCGCUCGUUGGAGCGAGUGCCGCAUCGUGGUGUUGGCACCUUGUCCAGGGUCUCCUCGGUGCCAUGCGUCCACACGCUGCGCGUCAGCGCCGAUACGUACAGGGGCAGCGGCAUGCAUAAGUACCGCCGGGAUUAUGACCUGAGCGACCGUGUCAACUUCCACGCGCCGUACUACUUCCCGACGUGGAGAUACCAGGCUCGCCGUCAGCUCUACGUUGACCCCAUCCCGAAUUCGCUCGGGUUUGAAUAUCCUGGAUUCUUCGGCCGCUCCAAAUUCUACCACGACUGGCUGAACCCAACAAUGUGGCGCAAACACCGUGACCCCAACUACGACAGACCGUUGUGGAACAGCUGGAGGCCUUGGCAGAUGGAUAACGUGAACGUGAAGGGGGCCAUCGAUCUUUACCGCAAGGGCAUCAUUCCGUUCUCGGUGCUCGACAAGAAGUGGAUUGAGCCGACGGCGAUGGCUAGGAAGGGCAAGGACUGGUUUGACGUCUACACGCCGGCCGCCCGUUACGGUGCUCACCGUUACUUCUACUCCGGACAGGUCUAC